AUGCAAAAAGAGGAUCCCGUUUUCGAUGCGAAUAAAAUAUGUCGUUUGUGUCUGCAGCAGCUGGAAAAUGGAUCGUUUAUCAAUAUUUUCACCGUUAACCUUCCAGUCAGUCCUUUGGCGAUGAUUCUUCGCUGUGCCGCGAUCGAGGUUUACGAAAAAGAUGGCUUCCCUCCGGCGAUAUGCAACGCGUGUUACUACAAACUGGGCAUGGCAUUUGAGUUUCGAAAUCGGUGCGAGUUGUCCGACCAAAAGCUCCGAGAGUUUCUGAACAUGCCACCAGCGGGGGACAAAAGGGAACCGUCAACGGCCGUCGCCGAUCAUACUGAUCAAGGGAAGGAUGAUGAUAUUUACGCGGCAAUGACGGAGAUUUUUGGUCCUGAUGAAUCCAACCUGGUCGAUGUACAGGAAACUGGGCACCUUGCAGUUAGCGAGCUGCUGUACGAUACCGAUAAAGCAACGGUAAACAACGUUCAGUCGAAAACGUUAAAAAGUAAGCACCAGAUCAAACGAAAAUCUCAACUAGACGAACUCCUCGUGAAGCACAAGGAAAAACUGUGGCUCGAAAGUACCAAGGUGAAAAUUUUUCGUCAGAAAAGAAUCAACCGCAAGCAGGCCCGAAAGCGUUGGGUAUUACUUAAACAGCCCGAGCAAUGUUUAGUCUGUGGGAAGUCCUUCAACUACCGUGGCCAGCUGGAGGCACACCAACAGACGCACUCGUUGGACAAGUCAUUCGAAUGCGGAAUUUGCAAGCGUCGCUUUGGAAACUCCAACAACUACCGUCUGCACAUGCGAAUACACAGCAACGAAAAGCGGUUUCAGUGUGAAGUAUGCAGCAAACUGUUUCGAACGUCCAGUAAUCUCCAUGCGCACCUUAAAACGCACUCCGAGAAGAGGAAUUACCUGUGCACGGCGUGUGAAAAAGCGUUCCGAACCGCACGGGAGCUAACCAACCAUACUAAAACGCACAGUGAGGUGAAGAACUAUGUUUGUCGAAUGUGUAGCAAGGCGUUUGUGAAACAGUCGUACCUAACGACACAUAUGAACACUGUGCACGUGGGCCUCAAGCGACACCGUUGCCAGGAGUGUGGCAAGCAAUUUUCCAACAGCUCCAACCUAAUCGCUCACCGGCGGGUUCACACCGGAGAAAAACCGUACCAGUGCAACGAGUGUAACUCAAAGUUUAACCAAUCAUCCGCCCUUUCACGACACAUCCGACAGCAGCACCGACCGAAAGAACCGAGCCCAAAACCGGAACAACCUUCCGUAAGCCGCACCAGUGAACCGGAAGAACUAACGAUCGAGGUGGAUGAAAAUCGCUCGCUAGAGAGUACGGCCAGCUCGGAGCUCUCGGUUGCGACGUCGCUAAUGGACAACCAACCCAUCACGUACGGUGGUAUGCCGUACGCUCAAACAUUCGUUCCUCAGCACCCUCCGCAACCUCAACACUUUUACCAUGCUCAUCCCCACCAUCAUCAUCAGCAACAGCAUCAUCAUCAACCACAGCAUUCCCAGCCCAUGAUGCACCAACCGAUAUCGGUCAAUCAACCGAUGGCCGGGCCGAACAUUUACUCGACGGAAUACCUUCCACCGUACCACUCGACGGCGUUACCUGCAACACAACAGGCGCAUUACGAUCUGGGAGGGUAUGACAUGUGCUACGGCAUGCCGGCAUCAACAGUAUUAAACCCGAGCUUGAUGAAUCCUCAACCGACCUACAUUUUCGAUCAGUAGGCCAUUAAAACAAUUGUCAUAGUAACCGUACGUACUUAAAUUUAGUCAUAAAGUCAUUUUUUCAACAAUUACAAUUGUACAUAAAAUACCAUUAAAAUAAAAGAUUUGCGU